UAUCUGACCAGGCGCGUUCCUCAGAACCCCAAAUACCAACACAUAAAAACCCGCCUGGAUACCG